AAAAAUCUAAAAUAUUAUAUUUUUGAAUUUUGAUCUUAUUUACUAAAUAUAUUCUCCAAUGUACACAGCACGUGUGUCUCGUUGUGAAAGAGUCACCUCCGCUGUGACGUAAAAGCUGAUAUCUGCUACACGCUGAACUUCAGUCACUACUUUUAUUUUCAUGGCAGCGCCUGCUACUGGCGGAUGAAACCAAACGCACAUGGCGAGAAGUAGGAGCGCAGAACAGACCUUAAAUCAUCCCUUCGAGCCACGGCGUGGCUGCGAAUGUGCUGUCUAAAGAAGCGACACAAACCUGGGUCUGCCAUGUAAAAACACAAGUGAUGCUCGUUUGACGCAACGUGUGUGUGUGUGUGUGUGUGUGUGUGUGUGUGUGUUGGGUUGGGGGGUUGUUUAUUUGAAAAGGGCUCCAUUGAACAUUGACUUUCUGACAGUGAAUGGACUUUGCUUUAACUGGGGAGAACUACAGUAACGCCUCUCGUGUGUCAUAAAGAAGCCGGGCGGCCAGAAAAUAUAUAAAUACAGAAGAAAAUCCUCAGGACGUCCUUCUUGCUGUUGGGAGACUUUUGAUGGAUUAUUAGUCAGUCCUGCCUGGUGACUGACAGAGCAUAUUUAGGAAAAGAUGGUCGGUCUCAAACCCUCAGACGUCCCGCCUCCUCUCGCCGUGAAGAUGGCGAGCGCUGGGGCGGCGGCGUGCAUCGCCGACAUCAUCACGUUUCCGCUGGACACGGCCAAAGUCAGACUGCAGGUCCAAGGCGAGAAGGCGGUGGAGGCGACCAAGAACAUUCGCUACAGAGGCGUGUUCGGCACCAUCAGCACCAUGGUCCGCACUGAGGGGCCCAGGUCCCUGUACAACGGCCUGGUGGCGGGUCUGCAGAGGCAGUUGUGCUUCGCCUCCGUUAGGAUCGGUCUCUACGACAACGUCAGGGACUUCUACACCGGAGGAGCCCAGAAUCCAGGAGUGUUGAUGCGUAUCCUGGCCGGCUGCACGACGGGCGCCAUGGCGGUGUCGUUCGCUCAGCCCACAGACGUGGUGAAAGUGAGGUUCCAAGCGCAGGUGAACUUGGACGGUGUUGCUCGGCGCUACAGCGGCACCAUGCAGGCCUACAAACACAUCUUCCAAAACGAGGGCCUGCGCGGACUCUGGAAAGGAACUCUACCCAACAUCACAAGAAAUGCGCUGGUUAACUGCACAGAGCUGGUGACCUACGACCUCAUCAAAGAGGCUAUCCUGCGACACAAGCUCAUGUCAGACAAUCUUCCGUGUCAUUUUGUGUCCGCCUUCGGCGCCGGCUUUGUUACCACGGUGAUCGCCUCCCCGGUGGACGUGGUAAAAACCAGGUACAUGAACUCCCCGCCGGGUCAGUACAAGAGCGCCAUCAACUGCGCCUGGACCAUGAUGACCAAAGAGGGGCCUACAGCGUUCUACAAGGGUUUCGUACCAUCCUUCCUGAGGCUGGGCUCGUGGAACGUCGUGAUGUUCGUCUCCUUUGAGCAAAUUAAGCGGGGCAUGAUGGUCACCAAGAAGAGGUUUGAGGCCGCUAACUGAGCCUGGCGGUGGAGGGGACGCACCGGGUGCUAUAUUAGGCACACCUGCGGGGGGGCGGAUAAGCCAUUUUUGUUCUCAGAUUGUAGAACAAGGGGCCGUCCCUGUGAAUUAUUUGUCGUGUAUGAUAUUGGAUGGCGCAGGUGUGCCCGCCUAAAAACUGCACUUUAACAAGACAAACUUCAGGCAGCUGAAGUAGUCACGGUGUCACAACAUGUUUAUAAGCAUCCUAAAUAUAUCAGUGUACAUAUC